AUGCACUCUACUGAAUUUGGCCGUUGCGGCAACAACAACUAUGGAGGCGUAUCGAAGCGCAUUCGAGACAUCGAGGCUGAGGCGUGUCACCUAGCUGACCGCGUGAUAUGCGUAAGCGGAGUGCUGGCAGAGGAAGUGAGGGCUCAGUACGGAGUACACCCAGCUAAAAUGACUGUCAUUUACAACGGCAUUAACUGCAACAAGUUCGAUGGCGAGGUAGACCCUGGGGCAGUCAAGCAUACAUACGGGGUGGGGGCCCUUGACCCCAUGUUCUUGUUCGUGGGCCGAAUGGUCGUUCAGAAGGGCCCCGACCUUCUGCUGGAGGCAGUUCCAUUCAUCCACAAGUUCAGAGGGGAUGCCAAGUUCGUCUUCGUGGGGGACGGUCACAUGAUGGAGAGCCUUAAGGGACGCGCAGCUCAACUUGGCGUCACCCACUCUGUGCGGUUUGUGGGGAAGAUGGGCGGCGGGGCUUUGCAUGCGCUCUUCAAGUCCUGCGACGCUGUGGUGGUGCCUUCAAGAAACGAGCCCUUUGGCAUAGUCGUUCUUGAAGCGUGGAGUGCCUCGAAACCUGUCGUUGCAACGAACAGCGGGGGGCCCAGGGACUUUGUCAAUCCAAACAUCACGGGUGUUCUUGUGGACCCCACCCCUGGGAGUAUCGCCUGGGGCUGUUGCGAGAUCCUGAAAAACUUUGAGCAUGCGCGGUGGAUGGGUUCUCGAGGUCGCGUGACGGCGGCCUUCAGCUUCAGCUGGGAUUCUAUAGCGCAGCAGACCCGGGAGAUCUACUACGAGCAGUGCAAUAAACACGACACCCCUCCCAACUGGAGCUACAGUAGCGAAGGGGACGACACACUUGCAUUUGCCCUUAUAGGCCCGGCGAUGUAUGAGCACAUGUCCGUGGAGGACUGCGACCCGCACGUGCUCAGCGGCUUGGCGCUGUGGCGGUUGUAUCGCUUGCUUGGGUCGGGCUUGGCUGACGGGCGCAUGAACUUCAUGGGGAACGAGUUCGCGCAUCCUGACGGCCUAGACCUUCCGCGUCCUGCGAACCAUUUUUCUAUGGCAAAGGCCUUCCGGCGGUGGAACCUCGCGGACAGCCCAGCCCUUAAAUUCACCCAGUGCGAGUCAGCCGCCCAUCUGUACGUCGUCAAGUGCGAUGAGGAAGCCCAAGUGGUUGUCCUAGAGCGGGGACCAUGCCUGUUUGCAUUCAACUUCCACCCCCACAACAGUUAUGAAGGCUUCCAUGUGGGGUGUAUGUACAACGAGCCUAUGCGGCUGUUCCUGGACAGCGAUGAAAGGCGGUUUGGGGGGUUUGGGCGCCUCGCCCCAAGAACACAGCAUCCAGCGACAGAGGCCAAGGAUAGCCGGCCGCACUCUGUCCGCAUUUACCUCCCUUCCAGCACCUGUGCCGUCUACGUACGCGAGUCUGUUUACUGCGAGAAGCAGCCCUUCAUUGUGGCCACCUCGGUACUUCAAAUGGAUCUGGAGGCGUACGUUGACUACCGCAAAGUGGAUGGAAGUUUGAAGAACUGA